UUGCAAAAGAGAGCAAAACCAUUUACACUUUUUACACUUUAGGGAAAGCGUGGGACCCUUUAAAGCACCAAUUGCUAAGCAUGGCAGGAAACCGAACUGCAGGGAUCAUUGAGGAAUGCGUAAUGUGCAUCUGCCGCCCGGCGAUGGAAGCAAUGCAGUGAAUCAGAGCUCGUUAUCAGUUAACGACGAUCUGCGGCAGAAUAAUUUGCGUAUAGGCGGCUUGUUUCUAGAAGAAUCGCCUCCGGCGUCGUUUGUUUCCUUGAUUUCUCCGAAGAAGAACGCCGUCGCGGCGGCGGCUGGGUGCUCCUAUCGGAGGAGCCGUCGGAGGGGAUUGGAUGGAGGUAGGAGUCGGAGUCGAGGGUUUAUAUCUGUGACGCUAUCGUCGAUUAACGGCGAUGGCGGUGGUGGUCGAGGGAGUUGCGACGAGGAGUUGUCGGUGAGUAGCGUUUUGGGGAAUGUAGGAGAGAAGAGUGUGGAGAGUGAGAAUGAAGAUGAGAGCGAGGUGUUGGUAUUGAAGGAGGUGGUUAGGGAGGAGAAGAGUACAAGUGGCGGCGGAGGCACUUUUAACACUGCUAAGCAUCUUUGGGCAGGUGCUGUUGCUGCCAUGGUAUCAAGAACCUUUGUUGCACCAUUGGAGAGAUUGAAGCUGGAAUAUAUAGUUCGUGGUGAACAAAGGACUCUUCCCGAGCUUAUUAAAGCAAUAGCUAAUUCUCAAGGGCUCAGAGGAUUUUGGAAGGGGAAUUUUGUCAAUAUCUUACGAACAGCUCCAUUUAAGGCUAUCAACUUUUACGCGUAUGAUACCUAUAGAAAUCAACUGCUCAAGGUGUCCGGCAACAAAGAGACAACAAAUUUUGAAAGAUUUGUUGCAGGUGCUGCUGCUGGAAUUACUGCGACAGUGCUCUGUAUACCCAUGGACACUAUCAGAACAGUUAUGGUAGCUCCUGGAGGGGAAGCCUUGGGUGGAAUAAUUGGUACAUUUCGUCACAUGAUCCAAACUGAAGGGUUCUUUUCUCUGUACAAGGGUCUAGUUCCAUCUAUUAUUAGCAUGGCACCUUCUGGUGCUGUAUUCUAUGGAGUAUAUGAUAUAUUAAAAUCGGCAUUUCUACAUUCCCCUGAAGGAAGAAAGAGGCUUCAACAUAUGAAGCAACAAGGUAAUGACUUGAAUGCUUUUGAACAGCUUGAGCUGGGUACUGUCAGGACUUUAGUAUAUGGAGCAAUAGCUGGUGCCUGUUCUGAAGCUGCCACAUAUCCAUUUGAAGUCGUGAGAAGGCAGCUUCAGAUGCAAGUUCGGGCCACGAAGAUGGGUGCAUUGCAAACUUGUUUAAAGAUUGUUGAACAAGGUGGAGUUCAAGCACUCUAUGCUGGACUAAUCCCGAGUUUAUUACAGGUAUUACCAUCAGCUGCCAUUAGUUACUUGGUAUAUGAGUUCAUGAAGAUAGUUCUUAAAGUGGAAUGAAACUAAGAGCUGCUCUUCUCAGCCAAUUCUAUCUUGACUUGAUACUUACAACGAGGGAUGCUCUUUACUUGAAGAAAACUUGACGACGUAUCUUUCUGGUCUCUUCUUGAUUAUUUGCAAAAGAAUGCUGGAUUACAUAACACGCUAAGCUCUGAAUAAGAAAGCAUCCAUUUUUUUGGGCUACUUGUUAUGGUCGAGGUGGGGGUAAAGAUGGAUUGCCUAUUUCAUUGUUGUUAGUAAUUGCACCUAAGUAGCUAGACAUAGCUUAUUCUAGUUGUCUUGCAGGUGUUGCUUGCCUAUCUCAUGUAAGAAAUUGAAAUGAUAAAUACAUUCUGUCUCAUAUAUAACUUCUGCCCAUCGCGGAAAUUAUUUA